AACGUGCGAAUUUCAAAAUUUUGACAACGCUAUAGUUGUUAAAUAAAGAAAUGGCUGAUAAUUCACAAAGUCGUUUUGAAAAAUCACUUGGAUUAUUAACAACUAGAUUUGUUUCAUUAUUACAAAAAGCAGAUGAUGGUGUUUUAGAUUUAAAAUUGGCUGCCGAUAUAUUAGCCGUACGCCAAAAACGAAGAAUUUACGAUAUAACUAACGUACUCGAAGGUAUUGGUCUGAUUGAAAAGAAAAGCAAAAACAGUAUACAAUGGCGGGGUGCGGGUCCAAAUUGCAAUACUCAAGAAUUAGGUGAAAAAUUAGCACAUUUAAAGAAAGAAAUUACAAAAUUAGAAGAACAUGAACAAUUAUUAGAUUUACAUAAAAGUUGGAUACAACAGAGUAUAAAAAACGUUACCGAAGAUAUAUCAAAUAAAAAGUUAUUAUACACAUCAGACGAAGAUUUAUGCAAAGCUUUCCCAAAUUGUACAGUUUUAGCUAUACAAGCUCCACUGGGUACAGAUGUGGAAGUUCCAUUGCCAACAAUGGAAACACUUCAUAAAUCUAAAUAUAAACUACGUGUAAAGUCAUCGUCCAGUCCCAUUUAUGCUAGUUUACUCAACGAAUCAAUUGAAAAAUCAAAUUAUGUACAGAAUCGAUUGCAAAAAGAUAUCUCUGAAGAAAACGAAAUAACAGAACCACCAUCUAAACGUCGCAGACGAAUAUCUAGAUCUGAGAGUACAGAAUCUGAUGAUGAAGAGCAGAUGAUUGAAGCUGGAAUUGUAUUUAGUGAUACUCCGCGUGGUACUUUUGAAAAAGAAGACCAGCAGGCGUUAAUAGAAGAAUAUUUGUCUCUAUAUAUGGGUGGAAAUUUCGUACCAUUAAGUCCACCAGCAAGCGAUAAAGAUUACUCUUACAAUUUGUAUGAAACAGAAGGAAUAUGUGAUUUAUUUGAUGUACCUGUCGCUACAAGAUAAACAACAUUAAAAAUUUUGCUUCUUUUUGUAUUAAAAAAAAAUUAUGUAACUACAAAUCUAAAAAAAAAUCAUUUAUUAUAUGUAAUCGUAUUUUCUCAAUUAAAAUUUUUUUUUAUUUGUCUAACUACAAAAUGCUACACAUUGGAAAUUUAUUGUAAA